CCAAUGAAACGUCAGUGUUUACGGAAGUGUAACGCUAUUGGUCAAUGUAGGGCGUGUAGAGCGACGUCACUGAACGCGGAAGUGAACGCUUGGUGGAAACUAAUGUAAACAUUUUGUCAAACCGAGUGCUCUUGAGAAUAGCGGUUUCUAAGAAAACUGGUAUACAGUGCAAAAGAAUUAGAGUGAAUUUAUUUUUUGUUAUUUUCUUGACACACUACGGUUGUAACAGGGGGAGCUAUUAUAAGUACAAUAUAUUUAUUUUGUCUUAAAACCUUCAACAGCGCGAAACAGAUCUCGUUUCCUGAGAACAAUGUCUUCUGUUGAUAUCCAUUCCCAGUUAGCGUCCAUAAUAGAAAGGUUUGCCAAGGGUGCACUGGUGGAGAUGACCAAAAUCAUAGAUAAGGACUCGGCGCUUUUACGCGCGGAGAUAGCGCGGAGACAAAUGGAGGUCGAGGCGCUUUUGUGUAAACUGCAGUUCGCAGAGAGUGAGCUGAGAUCGGCGCGCCAGGCAGCAGCUGCCCGCCAGUCCGCUCCAAACCGCCGCUCAGUGGCUGUCCAGGUUACCAUCACAGCUGCACUGCAAGACUGUAAGGAAACACACACAGAUUCACGCAUGGAUACUUCUUCAGUGCAUUCUUCUAAUGCAAAGCAGGAGGAUAGAGCAGAAUCGUUUCAGGUUAAAGAGGAGAGAACCGAGUUGAAGCCAUGGGACAAUGCAGAUGAGAUAGAGGAGACUCGUGUUUGCUGGGAGGAGGAGCGACAUGCAUCCAACACAUCAGGAGAAGGUCUUAACGAAGCCAAACCGGGUGUUAUUUGGGACUCGCCUGAUCUAGAGGACUUCAGCAUGAGACCGGAGGCAUCACAAGACACUACUAAUACAGUUCUUGGGCAUCACAGCACAAAUGCAUCCCCAAACCCAAGAGAGGAUAACACCGUUCACUAUCAAUAUCAGCAAACCACAGAAUGUGAUGCCGGUCAACAAAGACUUAAUCGAUUCACUAACUCUAACGCUGCAGCGCUUCCUCUAGUCAGUGAGCAGAGAGGUGACGGGGUGGGGACGGGGGAGAAGAGUUCGCGCUGCGCUCAGUGCGGUAAAACCUUCACUACGCGCUUCUAUUUGAAGAUCCAUCAGCGUAUCCACACGGGCGAAAGGCCCUACACGUGCCUACAGUGUGGCAAGCGCUUCUACUGCAACUCCCACCUCAUUUCACAUCAGCGCUGCCACACUGGAGAGAAGCCCUACAGCUGCGAGGAGUGCGGCAAGUCGUACUCUCAUUUAAACUCACUGAAACUGCACCAGCGCAGCCACACCGAGGAGGAGGUCUGCAACUACUGGUGACUUUGAAAGCCAAAUUUAGCCUUUUUGGAUUUUCUCACACACGCGGGUGUACCAUUAACUGAUUAUACACUAUAGCACAAACUUUAACACAAUAUGGUUGCACAAUAUGGUUAUUGUGGACAAUGUAUAACCUUGAGUUAUAUUUGAAAGCAAAUGGCCAAUUUUAUGAGCAAGAAAUUGCUACCUAGGAAGUUAAAAAAAGACAGUAUUGUGAUAAUAUUGUAAUUCCUGAUAAAAGUUUAGGCAAAAAUCAAAUUUCAUAUUGACACAAAGCCUAGUCUUAUACUUCAGUAAUGUGAAGAAAUGUUCACUUUAUCUUCCACUUACCUUAAAUUUAUUUAGUUAGCCAAGACUUGUUUGGUGUCUAAAGUUUGCUUCUUUAAUUCAUUUUGAAUUACUUUGUUGUAGAUUACAAGUACAGGAAGCUUAUAUCCAACAGUUUAGUAUUGUGUAAACUGAAUGUUUAAAUCAUCACACACACACCUCAAAAGACAUCACACUACGUUUAUUCUGUAUCUUUUAUGUAGAACGGUGCAUCUAGUGUACCUAUCAAGUUUUACUUUAAGCACAAAUUAUGUAAUGGACCUAAAAUCAUUUUAAAGCUACACUAUAUCAGAAAAUACUUAUUAAAGGUAUCAUUUAAGGGUAGCACCCCAGUGACAAGCAAAUGAACAGUUUAGUGUUAUUUUUUCUGAGUGUAACAUACAACCCCAUCUUUCACAGAGAGUGAGAGAGUGUUGAGAAAGGAAGUGAUACGGCUUCAAGAUGGCCACUACGAUUGUUUCUUGUAAUUCAACAUCCGCUUGUCCAUUUUAUAGGUAACAGUGUCAGAAACCACAUAAAAAUGUCUGUCUGAGUUUCUGAACAACAGUUUGAGUUGCGUGUGUGAUGAUACAGGCAAGCAAUGCUAAACUAGUAACUACAAGCUUCCAUGUUUCCAUGUUAGUUACAUCAGCCUCGUCACUCCAGUCACUAAACAUGUCUUGGCUGAUGGACAGCAUUUGGGGUGAGAGGAUGUUCUUCUAAAUUCUGUUGAAAAAGCUUUGUUCAUUUUGAAUUGUGGUUACUUUAUAAAUAUUUACUACUGUCAAAAUAUUUCAAUACAUUGCGCAAAAGUUUGUUUGGUGUUAAUUUUAAAGAACUUGAAAGCUUAAUGCUAUGUAGCAUAUAAUUAGUGACAUUUUGCUUUUCAUUCAUGUCAUUUAUAAUUAACUGGAGAGCCUCACAACCAUUAACCCAAAAGAGGACAAAAUUUAAUUUAAUUUAAAAGUUGUACACAAUUAAAAACUAAGUCUUUCUGCA